AUGCACUUCUCGGCCAACAUCGCUGCGAUUGCGCUGGCUCUUGGCACUGCAGACGCAUGGACAGUUAACGUAUCGAACGUGACCUCGUCCGGUGACAAUGUGGACGGUCACCAGCCUUUGUAUCGCUCCUGGACCAUCUCGAGCUCUGCACAGCUUCAGCAGUUGUAUGUGGCACUACCUGGUCGUGUUUUUGUAGAGCUCGAUCCUUCACUAUUGCCCAAAACCGACACUCCCGCUACUCGGUCAUCUUCGGUGCCAGGCGUUGUGGCUGGGGUUACUCCGGGCGUUGUACCUGGUUUGUGA